AAAUAGAGAAAAAGAAGGGGAAAAAUGGCAGCUCGUUGCAGCGUCUCGCACAAUGCUCUCCUCUCCCUCCUCCCUCGCCCAAUGCUCUCAUCUAGAGCCCCAUCUCGACUACUUCGGCCCUCGAAGGUCUUGGCCAUGGCCAGGCGUGGCUUCUCCUCUCAAGAGGAUGAUUUCGCUUCUCCUGAUGAUUUGCGCUUUGAGCCGCCGCUGAAGAUCGUGGAGUACCCGCACCCGAUACUUAGAGCGAGGAAUAAGGGCAUCAAUACUUUCGAUGAGAACCUGAAGAAGCUUGCCGAUGAGAUGUUUGAUGUUAUGUACAAGACUGAUGGGAUUGGACUCUCUGCACCUCAAGUUGGAAUUAAUGUCCAGCUUAUGGUAUUUAAUUCAGCUGGCGAACGUGGUGAAGGGGAGGAAAUCAUUCUUGUGAACCCAAUAGUAUAUAGAGUAUCAAAGAAAACUGUACUUUUCAAUGAAGGUUGCUUAUCAUUUCCGGGAAUCUACGCAGAUGUUGAGAGACCUGCGUCUAUCAAGAUUGAUGCCCGAGAUAUAACAGGUGGAAGUUUCAGAGUUAAUUUAUCUGGCCUUCCUGCACGGGUGUUUCAGCAUGAAUUUGAUCAUUUACAGCAGGGAGUUCUUUUUUUUGAUAGAAUGACUGAAGAAGUGCUUUCCAGCAUUCGAUCACAACUAAAGGCUUUGGAGGUGAAGUAUGAAAGUCAAACAGGGCUGCAGAGCCCUGAAAGGAUAGAUGACUACAAAAGAAGAGAGGAGGUUGCUGGUUUUGGAAGGGCUUGAGCUAGCUACUUAUCUCUGAUGAAUGUUGGGUGGUGUAGGUCUCUCUUUGUGAUGUUUUAUUAUGAUAAAUCCUCCAUUUCAGCCCUACUGGAUUUCAAAGACGUUACUCAUUUACAUAUAACAAUGAUCUAAAGGUUUCAGGAAAGUGGUUGCUCUUCAUUUUUCUUAGGUGCAUCUCUGGCCACCAUUUGAUCCAAGAUUCAAUGCAUGUUGGCAUUCACUAACAGAGAGGUAUGAUGUUGAUUUAAAGUUUAAACAUUUAAUAGAUACCUUCUAUGCUUCUCUCUGAGUAAUUUUAUGAAUGCUAACCUUCAAAUUUAAUUUGAAAAGUGAUGUUGUGAUACCCAAGUAAAAGUAACAGAUAUUAUUAUUCAUUAUAAAUAUAUACAUGUUAAGAUGCUCUA